AUGGUCGAUUCAUCAUCCUCCAAGCAUGGUCGGUCAGUAGACGCUGUUAUCAAAUUCUUUGUAUUGGAUCAAAACCAUAACAAAUAUUAUACUACCCCAGGCCCAGAUUCUUUAAUGCGAUUUCAUUCUCUAAAACUACUGCAUGGCAUAGAUAGAUUCAUUGAUCUAUCUGCUUUUCAACUUCCUUCCAACGGAUACCUAGUUAACGACAAAUGUGUGUUUGGUACUGAGGUUUUCAUUAUCAAACAAGCUCCCAAAGUGGAGAUGUUGAUUUUACAUGAUGAAGAGUACUCUAGUUUCCACAUUUUGAAGUUCAAAUCUUCUAGUCUUUCUCUUGGUGAUAGCUGUGGCUCAGAAUUAUUUACUUCUGGUGAUUUUAUAUGGAAGAUCAGACUAUACCCCUUUGGUUGUGCGGAUUACACAUGGGUUAAUAUCUCGGUCACUCUUAUCCUGCAUGAUGAGUCGACUCUUCCAAAAAAUUCUAGUAUCUAUUUUGAGUAUAAGAUUUCUUUAUUAAACAAGGAAGAGUUGGAAAACAUCGAUUUUACGGGUUAUAAUUACUUUAAUUCUUCGUCUCCAUCUUUGUACUUCAAAAAGGUGUUGGACUUGAAUAGAUUUCUCGAUGAGGAAAAUGGAUUUUUGGUGGAUGAUUCAUGCUCUUUUCGAGUAGCAGUUACCAUUCUUGGGGUGGUGAACACUACACCAUGA